AUGAUGUCCGUUGUGGGCGCGCAGCCUUUCAUCAAACCAAUGCAGCCUUCACCUUCAGUCUCGCCCGGUAUCCAGCGGAGACACACGCUUCCAGCGAGCGAAGUCCGACCGCUGAACACGCAAGAUGCUAUCAGCGUCUUCGAAAUCGAGCGAGAGGCGUUUAUCUCAGUGUCAGGUGACUGUCCCCUCCACCUGGAUGAGGUGCGUCACUUUCUCACGCUGUGUCCGGAGCUGUCCAUGGGCUGGUUCGAGGAAGGCCGACUGGUGGCUUUUAUCAUCGGCUCCCUCUGGGACCAGGACAAGCUGACCACAGAAGCCCUCACGCUCCACAAGCCGCGCGGCUCCACGCUCCACAUCCACGUCCUGGCGGUCCACCGCACCUUCAGGCAGCAGGGCAAAGGCCCCAUUCUGAUGUGGCGCUACCUGCAGUACCUCCGCUGUCUGCCCAACGUGCGCCGAGCGGUGCUGAUGUGCGAAGACUUCCUCGUUCCCUUCUACCGCAAGUCGGGCUUCAAGGUGGUGGGGCGCUGCGCCAUCACGGUGGCCAACCUGACCUUCACCGAGAUGUCUUACCCCAUCAGCGGACACGCCUACAUGCGCCGCAACAGCGAAGCCAUCCGUUUCCCUCAGCAUCCCUUGACUCUGCCGCUGACAAAGACGGACGAACAAGUUGAUGUAUGACGUGAUGAAUUUCAGUUGAAGUCAGUGCAACUCAUUAUGCUCUAUUGGCUUGAAGAUCAGGUUAACCACAUUGCCAAAGCAUCAAGGAUGGUGUAGUUUUAAAAAAGAAAGGAAAAAAAGAGGUGAAAAAAUGUAAGAAAAUAUAAAAUUAAGUAAUAAGAUGAUGAAAGAGCAAGAAAAAAAACAUUAUUUAGAAUUUUAGAUUAUUUUUUAACAGACUUUAGAAAGCCCAGGGUGUCUUUAGUCGUAAAGCAAAACAAUCAGUGUUGUAGAUCUUUCAUGGUUUUUGUUGGACUUUUUCUCUUAUAUCUUGUGUAAAUUAUUUUACUGUGAACAAUAAAACAAGACUGUAGGCCCACUCUGCUAGAAUGUGAUGUGUUGUAUAUAAUCAUGUGAGAGGAGUGAAGCAGUUUGCUGAAGUCAGUAACUGCAGCUUCAUGUUGCGUUCGUGGCUCACAUUUGGACUUGUGGUUGUAAGCUGCCUCCUGCUUAGCUCCUUUCUGGACAACUAUGGACUGACGUCAGCGACCAGGUUUUAGCCGCUCAAUCGCAGCUCCUCCUGCUCUAUUAGGGGGCUUUAGCCACUGUAAACGCCGGAGGAUUUAGAGGAGGAUCCACUGCAGGUCCGAGUGUUUAAACCAACAUGUGCGCUGCAGGUUUGGGUUGCAGCUGAAGCUUUGUGUUAUUGUGUGUGUGUCUGUCACAGUAUCACAAUUUCAAUAAAGAAUGUUUUAUACUGUUUUUCUUAAGAUGAACAAUGAA